CAGGCUUCUACAGUCGGUGAGGUGGUCGCUCCUCCGGUGCUGCGUGAGGAUGUCAACAUUAACGGAGGCUGUAGGAAAUUAACCCAUAAAUGCGUGACGACGAGACGCCGCGGAGAAGCUCAGGCGCGGACAAGCGGGGUCAUGAUGUGCCAGAAGUCGAUGCUUUGUAGGGGAAAUCAGAGAAAAUAAGAGGAUUCGUUGUUAGUUCAGAGGGAGAAUUUAAAGCUUUGUUGCGCAUAGAAUAACGCGCUGGAGAUUUUGGAGAAGAGUGAAGCAACUCCUGCUCUGAUUAUCACACUGAAUGGACUUUUGAAAUACUGUGUCACUGUCUUUGACCAGCCAAAGAUCCGAGGAUGUUUUCGCUCUUCACGGAACACGCACGUAGCCCGCAGAGCGACCACUGACUGACCUUUUACGCACGGGGAAAGAUCCGUGCUCACACAUUUUGUUUUCGUGUUUAUGUGGAUGAACUUUGAAAUACAUUUUUAAUGAUUCGAGAUCUGAGCAAGAUGUACCCCCCGGCACGGCAUCCGGUCCCCCACCAGCCGGGACAGCCGUUCAAGUUCACUGUCACCGAGUCCUGCGACCGGAUCAAGGAGGAGUUCCAGUUCCUGCAAGCUCAGUAUCACAGUCUGAAAUUGGAGUGUGAGAAACUGGCCAGUGAGAAAACUGAGAUGCAGAGACACUAUGUCAUGUACUAUGAAAUGUCAUACGGACUCAACAUCGAGAUGCACAAGCAGGCGGAGAUCGUCAAACGGCUGAACGCAAUCUGCGCCCAAGUCAUCCCGUUCCUCUCUCAAGAGCACCAGCAGCAGGUGGUGCAGGCGGUGGAGAGGGCCAAGCAGGUCACCAUGGCUGAACUCAACGCCAUCAUAGGACAGCAGCAGCUUCAGGCUCAGCACCUCUCCCACGGUCACGCCAUCCCCGUCCCGCUCACGCCCCACCCAGCUGGCCUCCAGCCCCCCCUGCCACCGGGGGCCGGAACCGCUAGCCUGCUGACGCUCUCCUCCGCCCUCAGUCACCAGCUGCCGCUCAAAGACGAGAGGAAACACCACGAUAACAACAGCGAACACCCGAGAGACAGAGACUCAGUCAAGAGCUCAUCUGUUUCUCCUUCGGCCAGUUUCCGGGCUGGAGAGAAGCACCGGAGUUCAAGCGAUUACUCCUCCGACAGCAAGAAACAGAAGACGGACGAUAAGGAGUUGGCCUCGACACGCUACGAAAGCGAUGGAGAGAAAAGCGAUGACAACUUGGUAGUGGAUGUCUCCAACGAGGAUCCAGUGUCUCCACGAGGAAGUCCUGCCCACUCUCCUCGGGAGAACGGAUUGGACAAAAGUCGCCUGUUGAAGAAGGAUGCUCCCCUGAGCCCUUCCUCCAUCGCCUCCUCCAGCAGCACACCUUCAUCCAAGUCCAAAGAGAUUAAUUUGAAUGAGAAGUCCACAACACCUGUGUCCAAGUCCAGCACCCCCACAUCCCGCUCUGAUGCCCCAACACCCAGCAGCACCUCCACCCCGGGCCUGAGGUCUGCACCUGGUAAACCGACAGGUGUGGAGACACUGGCACCUGGGCUUCGUACGCCACUGGCAGUGCCCUGCUCGUACCCCGGGCCGUUCGGCAUGGUUCCUCACCCGGGUAUGAACGGAGAGCUGAGUGGAGCGGGUGCAGCCUACACCGGCCUGCACAACAUCUCCCCGCAGAUGAGCGCGGUGGCUGCUGCUGCAGUGGCAGCUUACGGACGAACACAAGUGGUGGGAUUUGAUCCCCACCACCACAUACGUGUCCCUGGCCUUCCGCCCAACCUGUCGGGCAUUCCUGGUGGAAAACCAGCCUACUCCUUUCAUGUGAGUGCUGAUGGACAAAUGCAGCCUGUGCCUUUUCCUCCGGAUGCGCUGAUCGGCCCUGGCAUCCCGCGCCACGCACGACAGAUCAAUACUCUUAGCCACGGGGAGGUGGUGUGUGCUGUCACCAUCAGUAACCCGACGCGUCAUGUCUACACCGGCGGCAAGGGUUGCGUCAAGGUGUGGGACAUCAGUCACCCGGGCAACAAGACCCCUGUAUCCCAGCUGGACUGCCUUAACAGAGACAACUACAUCCGCUCCUGUCGACUGCUUCCUGACGGACGGACUCUGAUUGUCGGGGGCGAGGCGAGUACUUUGUCAAUCUGGGAUCUGGCCACACCGACUCCACGGAUAAAAGCCGAACUAACUUCGUCAGCACCCGCGUGUUACGCUCUGGCCAUCAGCCCCGACUCAAAGGUCUGCUUUUCCUGCUGCUCCGACGGAAACAUCGCUGUCUGGGAUCUUCACAACCAGACUCUGGUUAGGCAGUUCCAGGGCCACACUGAUGGGGCCAGCUGUAUAGACAUUUCUAAUGAUGGGACCAAGCUGUGGACUGGAGGCCUGGAUAACACCGUCCGGUCCUGGGACCUGAGAGAGGGACGGCAGCUGCAACAGCAUGACUUCACCUCCCAGAUCUUCUCACUGGGAUACUGUCCAACAGGCGAGUGGCUGGCAGUAGGGAUGGAGAACAGUAACGUGGAGGUCCUACAUGUCACCAAACCUGACAAGUACCAACUCCACCUGCAUGAAAGCUGCGUGCUCUCGCUCAGAUUUGCUCACUGUGGGAAGUGGUUUGUGAGCACAGGAAAAGACAAUCUGCUCAACGCAUGGAGAACCCCAUAUGGAGCCAGCAUAUUCCAGUCAAAGGAGUCGUCCUCAGUGCUGAGCUGCGACAUCUCCAUAGAUGAUAAGUACAUUGUAACGGGCUCUGGAGAUAAGAAAGCGACAGUCUACGAGGUCAUCUACUAGGGGGAGGGGGAGCUGCAGCCGUUAAACAACAAGGCCAUCCUUCCAUCCAGACUCUCUGCGACAUCUCCGUCACCCCUGUACAGUUUCUGAUGUGUAUAAAAUGGAUUUGGAAGGAAGAAACCAAACACUUUAAGUCUUUCUUUGGAUCAUGACCUUUUGACCUCCUGGCUGGUCGUGGAUCAAAACCAACAAGCAGAACCAAGCACAGAGAUGCUGUUUUUAAAGAGUGGCUCUUUGUUAUUGUGAGGAUGAGUGAAUGUCCAUGUGCACUAAAUCUGGAACGGAUGCUGUUGUUGCAACACUGACCAGAUAACAUUCCUUUAUGUGACCCUUUUAUGUAAGCAUCUGACAUAUUUGUUUCUUUCCAACUUGUAGACGAGCAUCGUUGUUCACAUACAUACUUUGCCCAUGUGCUUUGUGUAUAUCUGGAGGCUUAAAAAGUAUUUGAACUAGGUGGCAGAUCAUUCCUGGCUGACUCCAGAAUAUCUUCCUAGAGAACUUCUGAUUUUACACAGCGUAACCAUGACCAAAAACUAAGGGAUGACUGCUAAUGCUAAUAUCAUGGCACAGGUCUCUUCUCAAAACUUUACGCCACUGUUGUCGUCUAUUCACAGUCUGGUGGACAUCCCCCCUAAAAAUGUUAUGACAUUUUUUUGUUUUCUAUCAAGAAUAACUAUUUUAACAUCAGCCCUCCACAAAUGAAAAACAUUUCUUAACAAAUGCAUGCUGAGUGGUACUCUAUGCGGAUGGUAUAUCUAGAAAAGUAUGGAGCUAGUUAGCUUAGCAUAGCAUAAAGAGUGCUCUGUUAAAAACUAAUUAUGACUAUUAGCAGCUUGUGAGGUUGUGGGAAAACCAGUAGUGACUCUAGUCAUUAUGCUCCUGUCCAAGAAAUAGUCUGGCUUCAGAGUCAGGCUAGCAGUUUAACCUCGAUUCCAAUCUUUCUAUGCUAUGCUAAGCUAAUGACCUUUUGGUUAUUGUUUCAUAUCUAAUGGACAAACAUGAGAGUGGUGUUGAUCUUAUUGUUCCUAAUAAGAAAGGUAGAAAGUGUAUUUCCCAAUAUUUCAAACCAUUCUUUUAAAUGCAGUUUGUGUCUGUUGCCUUUUUUUUUUUGUCAGCUUCUCUUAAUUCAACUUCAGAGCGAGUGUGUGAGCUCACUUUAUCUGUGUGUAUAUGCACGUAUCGUGUGUGACGUGUGUGUGUGUGUGUGUGUGUGUGUGUGUUUGACCCUGUGGGCAUUGAAGAAACAAUCUAAGAUUGCCCUCACUGCCCUCACUACAGACUGACCUUUGCACUUGGUUCUGCCCCUUAAGUUCAGACUCCUCGGGAUGCUCACUGGAUCCUGUCUGACAGUUUUCAGUAAAGCUGUUGGUGUUGGGAGGUCAACUGGCCCCUACCUUUCACACCCGGAUUUUCUGUUAAGACUUUGGGGCAUUUAUUUGACAAACAAGUGGUCAGCGAUAUGGUCGUGAUUUCUCUUGGAUUUACUUCUGUUGGCUUGUAGAAAUAACACAGUGCCUUUAUACUGCUACGCUUCUGACUCCAUUACGUCCUGCUGAGUGUUCAACUACACGAAGAGCUGAAACGCAAUGGACUCUGUUGGAGUGGUUUUUAACAAUAACUGUUUUUGAGUGUACAUCUUGCAACAUUUUAGGAUUGAGUUUAUUAAAAAAAAAAAAAAAAAAGAUCAGUUAUCAGCAAAGUAACACAAAUGGUAUCCCAGGUUAUCCAGUUCGGUUUGUAACAGUUGUCCUCUGAAAAAAUCAGCACCAAACUUGUCAUUGUUUCACCUGCUUUGCUGAACACAUGCACGUGAGAUACAUUAUUCAUGGCUACAGCUGCUUCAGUCUGAUUGUUUGAAGCACGGUGCUUUUGUUUUUAGAGCUAUGUUAUUCUUCGCUCUACUUUUUCAUCUGCUUUCAGACUUUGUUCUUGUCGCUGCUGAAGUUCUGUUUCAUCGCUACAACACUACACACACGUGUGACUCUUGUCUACAGAUACGUCAGUCAUUACUAGCGGAGAUUUAAGUCUUUAGAUUCUACUCUCUACCACACGAACCUAAUAGUAUCCUCAAUCUUAACUUAAAGGAGCUAUUUAUACGUUUUUCUAUUGCUACAUAGCCGACAUUAACAUUAACAUUAACAGCUGUUUAGAAGAAAGGUUGUGAGUUCAGCAUCAAACUUAAUUCCUUCACUCGCCAAGAGCUGUCUCCAAUGCUAGUGUUAACUCUUGUCUCUAUCACGUCUCUUCCUCUACUGAAGUUAACACGCCCUGGCUCAUCUCGUCACUUUCCCAUAGCGACUCACUGUAGCCUCCAUUCUGCCCUGAAGACGUAGCGCUGCACAGAGGGUGUAUAACCUCUUGUCUUGUAAAUGCAAUGAUGGCCGCAGUUCUUGUCAAGCGAUAAUCUUCACCAUCCACUCUGGGCAAGAAACGACAUUUAGCGGUAAAGAAAACUUAUAGCCCCUUUAAACAGCCGUUUUCCACUUUCUAUCUAAAUUUAACCAUCUGGAGGCUCAGUCUUAAACGUAAUCAUUUUAAAAUAUGUGCCUAAACCCAACCUCCUGUUCAGCUACCAACCACAACCCAUGUGUGAUCCAUAACUUUACACCAUCAAAAGUUUUUUUCUUUUUCCUUUUUUUUGGAGAAUAGCUGAGUGAUACAGAAACGUACAAACAGACAGAGAUUGAUAUCAUGUGUACUACUGAUAUUUUAAUGUCACAACCUGAAUAUUUUAGCUUUAACUUCCACUUGUACGCCCGCUGAAUGCAAAAAAAGAUGUGUUCAGAUGGCAAAGAUAGCACUAAACAGAGAGAGGUUUCCAGUGCUCCUGUUGUCCAUUGGGAUAGGAUUGAAAAUAUUAUACCUGAUCUCAUACAUGUCAUUCAUGUUAGAGCUGCCCUCUAACAUUUAUAAUGUCACCAUUUGCCAUUUGAAGUAGAUGUGCUAUAGCCUAUAACCUAUUUCAUUGACUCAGUUUCUGCCUCCCUCUUUCCUUUCACAAGGACACCCUCUGAUAGUCUUAGAAAAGAUAAAAGUGAUGAUGACCAUGAACUAAAAUAUCUUGAAUGGUUUAUCUCUCUUGUUUACUUUCCAAACUGAUGAAGAGAGCAGUCCUCAUGCUCAAUACUAAUCUGCCUGAGACCUACUAAUCUGUGUUAUCGUACAUAAAUAUACACAUUAAGUUCAGUUUGUGUCAGCCUGCGACACUCUCAUGCAAGAAUGACCUCUCUAAGAUUCUGAGCACAUAUGAAAGCUCUUUGCAGAAAAUCAAUGCACAUCAAAUCAGUUUUUAAAAGGCUUUAUACAGUAUUUGCACU